UGAGACGCGUUUAGCUUGAAAAUCUAAAUCAGUAGAGUUGAUUACGAGUUAGUUGCAAAAGUCUUCACUCAAUUGGUUGGCGGAAUCGAUGGUGACCCUAAUAUAUGAACUAUGAAGUAUCGGUCUUCACGUGUCCAACCAAUUGUUUAUUUAAGUGCCUAAUCAAGUGCACAACCUUUUUUUAGGUUGAUUACACAAAGGAAAUUUUAUAUUUAGAUUUGUUAGACGUUAUAAUGACAUGAUCAGUUCUAUUUGAUUUCUAGUAGAACCAUAUUUAUUUUUGCACUAACUAACAUAGUGGCCAUUUUAUCACCUAUUUCUUUUUUUAUCCCUCCCAAGUCCCAACUCAAGACAAUAAUACGCCACAUCACUCAACUCAAUAAAUACAAAUGCCACAUUAACACUUUGACAAGCUAAUUGAAAAUGAACCAACUUAUGAAUCAAAACUACAUUACCCAAUCUAAAUUACCCGUUAUGGACUUCUUAUAUGCUUGAGAAUCGACCUCUAUUUAACUAGCAUUGAAAGAGGUUCAACAACAUUUUCUCUUCGUAGCUUGAGAAAGAGCACCUAACGCCGGCUGUGAGUAUGAAGAUAUAGAAGAGAGAAGAUGUUAAUUUGGGUUUGAAUAUCAAAUUCUAUUUGAUUUGAAUUGUGAUUCGAUCCACAUCGAUUCGUUAAGAAAAUAAUCUUAAAGUUUCGGUACUAGUAUAUUUUGAACCCUCCUCAUGUGUGCUUGAUUAGACCGGUGAAAUGAAUUGAGAUUUGAGUGACACAAAUAUUAUUUUGUUAGCAUAGAUACCUAUUUUGUUAAAAAUAAAAGUAGAUAGACUGUCUUGUUAGUGAUCCAAAAUAUGUCAUCAUUUAUGUAAUCAACCCAACAUUUACAGGGAUCACUGACUUGGCUAAAAUCAUGGUUGUCACGCCAGCCGGCGUGUCACUGGUUGAACCUGUACCGGUUAUAAAAUCGGUAUGACACCACCGGUAUGACCGGUAUGAUCGAUAUACGAAUCUCUAAGUAAAAUGAUCUUAUAUUAGUGAAUUUAUUUGAUAAAAGUAAUUUAUUAUUUAUUUUAUGUGUUAAAAAGUUAAAUGUUGAUGUUAUUUGUUGGAUUCAAGUACAAAUAUUUAGGUAUUGAUGUUAAAUGUCGUGUUUAAAUAUGAGUAUUUGUAAAUUAUUUGUAAUAUGAACCGGCACAAACCGGUAUGUACCACCGGUCGAACCAUUCCACUUGCUAAACCGGUACACUGGCACAAACCGGUUUGACAAUCUUGGCUAAAAUUAAUUUCCCCGCCUUCUGGAGUUGAGAAACCCUAUUCGCCACUUUGUCACUCUUUGCUAGUUUGCUUCACUCUUCCAAGUCCGUCGCCCAGCUAGCCUAAACCUUUCCCGCCGUCCCGUCGCCGGCUCGCCGCCCUCUCAUCCUAAUUUCCCGUCGCCUGGCUCGCCGCGCCUUUUACCGUCACCCCCGUCGCACUAAUCGCCGCCGCUGUGUCCGAGUCGCAGCGUCAAAGCAACUGCAACAGCUCUCCUUCCCCGUACCUCAACAUCCACCUCUCGACAACAACAGGUAACGUUUUAGUUCGCUUCAUUUUGGGUUACGUUGGAUAAUUGGAGCCUUGGUUAAGGUAAUUUACCGGUGCCCUGCAUAGUUGAGCUGAAAACCCCAUGGCCAUGGCUGAUUGUGUAAAGCUAUGUGGCAGAUCUGAAACAUGGAUGAUAAUCUAUAUGACGAGUUCGGGAACUACAUUGGCCCAGAAAUCGAGUCUGAUCACGAUAGUGACGAGGAAGAACAAGACGAUGACCUUUCAGACAAGGCUCACGAGGACGAGGCGGCAUCGGAUGAUGAGGAAGGAGCUCAUGCUUCCAAUGGAUGGCUUACAGCAUCUGGUGAUGUUGAUAUGGAGAACCAGAUUGUUCUUGCUGAGGACAAGAAGUAUUACCCUACAGCGGAAGAGGUUUACGGUGAAGAUGUGGAAACUCUGGUGAUGGAUGAGGACGAGCUCUCGCUCGAGCAGCCAAUCAUUAAACCAGUGAGGAACAUCAAGUUUGAGGUUGGGGUUAAGGACUCGUCGACUUAUGUGUCUAGCCAGUUUCUAGUUGGUCUGAUGUCGAAUCCAGCCCUAGUUCGCAAUGUGGCUCUUGUGGGCCAUGUGCUUCAUGGGAAGACACUUUUCAUGGAUAUGCUGGUUGAGCAAACUCAUCAUAUAUCGACAUUUGAUACAAAGAGUGAGAAGCAUAUGAGGUACACUGAUACAAGAGUUGAUGAGCAAGAAAGGAGAAUAUCCAUCAAGGCAGUGCCAAUGUCCUUGGUGCUCGAGGAUAGCAAUUCGAAAUCUUACCUUUGCAAUGUGAUGGACACUCCUGGUCAUGUCAACUUCUCUGAUGAGAUGACUGCUGCACUCAGGCUUGCUGAUGGUGCAGUGUUGGUUGUGGAUGCUGCUGAGGGAGUAAUGGUAAAUACAGAGAGAGCGAUACGUCAUGCGAUCCAGGACCGCCUACCUAUUGUAGUCGUCAUCAAUAAGGUGGACAGGCUGAUAACAGAACUGAAGUUGCCUCCUAAGGAUGCUUACCACAAGUUGAGGCAUACUAUAGAGGUCAUAAACAACCAUAUCUCCGCUGUCUCUUCAACUGCAGGGAAUCGCACCAUUAUUGAUCCUACUGCUGGGAAUGUUUGCUUUGCUAGUGCUACUGCUGGAUGGUCGUUUACUUUGCAGUCAUUUGCCAGACUGUAUCUCAAACUCCAUGGUAUUCCAUUCGACACCAAUAAGUUUGCAGCUCGCCUAUGGGGGGAUAAGUACUAUCACCCACAGUCAAGGACUUUCCAGAAGGUACCCCCGGAGGGUGGAGGAGACAGAUCCUUCGUUCAGUUUAUACUGGAACCUCUCUACAAACUAUAUAGCCAAGUGAUUGGAGAACACAAGAAGAGCGUGGAAACUACUCUGGCAGAGCUUGGUGUGACUCUCCCCAAUGCUGCCUAUAGAUUGAAUGUUAGGCCCUUGCUGAGGUUGGCUUGUAGCAGGGUUUUUGGCUCAGCUUCAGGUUUCACUGAUAUGUUGGUUCAUCACAUUCCUUCUGCUAAGGAUGCAGCUGCCAGGAAGGUUGAUCACAUAUACACAGGGCCGAAAGACUCUAUACUUUACAAGGCAAUGAAAGAAUGCGAUUCCUCGGGCCCCUUGAUGAUCAAUGUCACGAAAUUGUAUCCCAAGCCUGAUUGCAGUGCCUUUGAUGCGUUUGGUAGAGUCUAUAGCGGUAAAAUUAUGACAGGGCAGUCUGUGAAAGUAUUGGGGGAAGGUUAUUCACCAGAGGAUGAGGAAGACAUGACAGUGAAAGAAGUUACAAAACUAUGUGUGUAUCAGGCACGGUAUAGAUUGCCUAUUAGCAUGGCUCCACCUGGUUCUUGGGUUCUUAUUGAAGGCGUAGAUGCAUCCAUCAUGAAAACCGCUACACUGUGCAACGUUAAUUAUGAUGAUGAAGAUGUGUACAUUUUCCGGCCGCUACAGUUCAAUACUCUUCCUGUAGUUAAGACAGCUACUGAGCCAUUGAAUCCAAGUGAGUUGCCAAAAAUGGUGGAAGGUCUUAGGAAGAUCAGCAAAAGCUAUCCUCUUGCCAUAACUAAAGUUGAGGAGUCUGGAGAGCACACUAUACUCGGCACAGGAGAGUUAUAUCUGGAUUCAAUUAUGAAAGAUCUUCGGGAGCUCUAUUCUGAAGUAGAAGUCAAGGUAGCAGAUCCAGUGGUGUCUUUCUGCGAAACUGUUGUGGAAUCUUCGUCAAUGAAGUGUUUUGCCGAAACACCUAACAAGAAAAACAAAAUUACUAUGAUUGCUGAGCCCUUGGAGAAAGGUCUUGCAGAAAACAUUGAGAAUGGUGUUGUGAGCCUUGACUGGAACAGGAAAGCUAUUGGUGAAUUUUUUAAGGGAUAUGAUUGGGAUGUGCUUGCUGCUCGAUCUAUCUGGGCCUUUGGUCCUGAUAAGCAGGGACCUAACAUUUUAUUAGACGAUACGCUUCCUACUGAAGUUGAUAAGGGAUUGCUUACUGCUGUUAAGGAUUCUAUUGUUCAAGGGUUUCAGUGGGGUGCACGAGAAGGACCACUUUGUGAUGAGCCAAUCAGGAAUGUAAAAUUCAAAAUAGUUGAUGCAAGAAUCGCACCUGAACCGUUGCAUCGUGGCUCGGGUCAGAUUAUCCCCACAGCUAGGCGUGUUGCAUAUUCAUCAUUUCUUAUGGCAACUCCUAGGCUGAUGGAACCUGUGUAUUAUGUUGAGAUCCAAACACCAGUUGACUGCCUAUCAGCAAUUUAUACUGUGUUGUCACGUAGACGUGGACAUGUAACAGCAGAUGUUCCUCAGCCUGGAACUCCAGCGUAUAUUGUCAAGGCAUUUUUACCGGUGAUAGAGUCAUUCGGGUUCGAGACGGACUUGAGGUACCAUACACAGGGACAAGCAUUCUGCCUCAGUGUGUUUGAUCACUGGGCCAUAGUACCUGGGGACCCGCUGGACAAGAGCAUAGUUUUAAGGCCACUUGAGCCUGCCCCAAUCCAACAUCUUGCUCGUGAAUUCAUGGUCAAGACCAGGCGCCGAAAGGGAAUGAGCGAAGAUGUGAGCAUCAACAAGUUCUUCGACGAGGCCAUGAUGGUAGAGCUGGCUCAGCAAGCUGCUGACAUUCACCAGAUGAUGUGAUCGAUGACUGCCCCGGAACCGAGAAACGAAAAUUCGAAUCCCCAGCCCUGUUGUUGCUGCCUUUUGGUGUAGCUUAGCUGGAAAUGGCAUCACGUUGUAGCUGUCUAUCCACCUUUGGUUCCUCUUUUGUUGUAGUUAGCUAGCUAGUUGCUUCGAACAGGAAGAGCUAAAGUGAGAGUGUUCGUCUUCGGCCACAGGAGUCUCACCACCAACAUGAGAUCAGAGUCUGUACAAAUCUGCCUAACUGUAUUACUUCUACUCCUUUAGGUUUAAAAAGGGGGUUGUUGAUUUUGAUUGAUGAUUAACAAGAUGCAUACAUGAAUUCUCCAAAGCUUUAACUCGUUGAGCGGCCCGAGUAGUUUACAGUAAAUAACUGAUUCAAAC